CAUCCGCGGCUGUCCUUUGGGACCUUUGAGCCCGCUACUGUGACCCAUGGCUCGGCUUGACGAACCUUAUCUCACUCUUCUUCUCCUAUGGCUUGACUUUAAGUUGCACGUCGGUGCCCGCCAAACUACGACCUUCCAUCUCUGAGCAAUUGGUUCGUGUCGUAUUCUAUCCCCUCGAGUCUUCUGUCGAGUGUCUGGUCCCUAGGGAGCCUCCUGCGCGGACCGCGCCACAUCCCGACCGUCGGAUCUUCCGCCAAACAACGCCCGGAAACAUCGAUUGGAAGGGAUGGGUUGGACAUACAAUACGAAAGAUCCCAAUGCUCCCACUAUCGGGCUCACGAUCACUGGCGUUGCCAUAACACUCACCUUCCUCUCGCUCAUCACCGUCUGUCUUCGAACAUAUGUCCGAGCGCUCAUGAUCCGGGCCUUCGGCAUCGAUGACUGGAUCAUUUUGGUAACGUGGGUGGCUGCGGCCGGGUUUGCCAUUGUCAGCAUUGUCCAGUCAAGAUGGGGCCUUGGUCUUCAGCAUAUCGACGACCUGCCCGCUGACGAUGUCUAUAACUUUGGCCUUAUUCAAUACAUGGGUGCUCCAUUCUACAUCACCAGCAUCCUAGGAUUCAAGCUCGCCCUCCUCUUCUCCUAUCUCCGCUUCAUCCCCCUCGGCGUCUACCGCUACACCAUUAUCGGGGUUAUCACGGCCUGCAUCAUGUUUCACCUCUCCUUCCUCCUCGUUCAGAUCAAUCUCUGUCAACCGAUCCGCAAGCAAUGGGAUCCUGCCAUAACAUGGGGCUCCUGCAUCCCAGGUGUGCCAUUUUACACAUCCAUGGCCGCACUGACAAUGGUCUUUGACGUGACAGUUAUGCUCCUCCCGUUCCCCGUCCUCGCCAAGUCGCGCCUGCAGACCCGCAAGAAGGUCAUCCUCCUGGGGCUGUUCGGCCUGGGCAUCUUCAUCACAGUCACCCAAAUCGUUCGCAUCCAGAAGGUCAAGCAGCUGGCCAACUACACCGACAGCGCGCCCCUGAUCCUCUGGUCGACCGUGGAAAGCAACCUGGGUAUCAUCGUCGCCAACGUGCCGACCCUGGCGCCGCUCGUCAAGUACUACAACGAACACCACGCGUCCAAGAGGAUGACCGCCGACGCCGACCCCACCGCCUGGCGGAACACGGGCGGUUGUGGUGGGACCGUGGGAGGGCGGAGGUACUAUGCCCAGGGGAGCCGCGGCGGGACGGGGAAAUCGGUCGAUCGGUCGCUGGGGCUGACGACGCUCGGGGGCAGCGAGCAUGACAUGACCGAGUUAGGCAAUUUCAGUCACGCCAAGGGGAACGGGAGUACCGUCUCGAUUCUGGACCCUGUUUACCUUAGGCCGGGAAGCGGGGAGGGGGCGGAGGCGGUGGAGGCGAGGAGGGUUGGGACGUCGGCGGGGAUUACAAAGAAGGUGGAGGUUCUGAUUACGAGGAGCUGAAGAAUGAUGGGCUCCAUUGAGCCCAGAGCGGAUUGCGUCCUUUGGCAUGAAGACAUUUUAAAAGAUAUAUGGCUUUGUCUUGGUGUGGGCGUUGGGAUACAAGGUCGAAUAUUCCGGCCUAUGGCGAAAUGCUUGGUAUAUGGACACAUCUCGAUAAUCCUAAUCAUAACUCUGACGACUGGACGCCGCAGUUUCAUACAAGGUUCUUGGUGGCGGGAGCGUCAUAGGAACGGAGGGAGACCGAUGGGGUAGUCAACAAACGCCCCUGAUACGGUCUCGAAACAUCCAGACCCUGCUCGAGCCAAACUCGAGGACGCAGAUUGCACACCAACACUGUUUCUGUGCG